AUGUCCAUUACAACUACAGAUCUACAUGGCAUCUUACCAUUAAUCGCACGUGGUAAAGUUCGUGAUAUUUAUGAAGUUGAUUCAGAAACGUUAUUGUUUGUUGCAACUGAUAGAAUUUCUGCUUAUGAUGUUAUAAUGGAAAAUGGUAUACCUGAAAAGGGUAAACUAUUAACUAAAUUAUCAGAAUUUUGGUUUGAUUUCCUAAGUCCUUACACUAAGACUCAUAUCAUUAAAACUGAUGAUAUUUUCAAAAAUUUACCAAGUGAAUUAUCAAAACCUGAAUUUAAAUCUCAAUUACAAGAUCGUGCUUUAUUAGUUCAUAAAUAUAAACUAGUCCCAUUAGAAGUCAUCGUUAGAGGUUAUAUCACAGGUUCUGCUUGGAAAGAAUAUAAAAAAUCAGGAACCGUUCAUGGUGUUAAAGUUGAAGAAGGUUUACAAGAAUCUCAAGAAUUCCCAACUCCAAUCUUUACCCCAUCAACAAAAGCUGAACAAGGUGAACAUGAUGAAAACAUUUCAAUUGAACAAGCUGAACAAAUUGUGGGUAAAGAAUUAUGUACCAAAAUUGGUAAAUUAGCCAUUGAACUAUAUUCAAAAGCUAAAGAAUAUGCAAAGACUAGAGGUAUAAUCAUUGCUGAUACUAAAUUUGAAUUUGGUUUAACUGAAGAUAAUGAAUUAGUUCUUGUUGAUGAAGUCUUGACUCCUGAUUCUUCAAGAUUUUGGAAUGCAAAGACUUAUGAAUUAGGUAAAGGUCAAGAUUCUUAUGAUAAACAAUUCCUAAGAGAUUGGUUAACUUCAAAUGGAUUAAAUGGUAAAGAAGGUGUUAGUAUGACUGAAGACAUUGCUACUAGAUCAAGAGCUAAAUAUAUUGAAGCUUAUGAAGCAUUGACUGCUAAAAAAUGGGAAUAG